CCCACAGCAGCGUUGCUCUUUCGUGCUGCUGUGAUUCCGAGAUGUCAAUAAAGAAAAAUUUAGAAAACAAACAAAACAGAGAUGGAAACUUGAUGAAUAAGGGGCGGCGUGGCAUCGCAGAGGGGCACGCGUGGUCUAGCCAGGAAGUGGGGCUUUGCGUUCGCGAGCUACACAGAAACAACAACCGUCUGUGGACCAGCGACGCACGAGAACCUUCUGAAGACCCAGCCGCCGUCCCCUCCAGGGUCCCAGUCCCUGGCGGCAAAUCCAGCCCUUGCUCCCACACACUUCGGGCUCAUAGCAACUGUUAUCGCCAAAAGAAGAUUAAUAAGAAGGUUGGUCUGGAAUGGGUUACGCUAUUUGGACGAAAUAAUGGGUUGAAAUUAGUUUCGAGCGCCCCUAGUGUUCGGCUGCAAGGCGUCUGGGGUUUCGGGCGUCACGUGAAGAGGUCUGCUUCUUCUUUGGGUCAUUACUUAUUUCUGCGUGAAGAAGUUCCCUUGAAGCCCUGCCUGCAGCUCUCCCUGCGUCUCCCUGACCCAGCCGCACCGCGUUUCUGUCGGAGUCACGGACUAGGCACCUUGCCCGCUUCCCACGGCUGGGAGAUGGCCCUAGAGACCAGUGACGGUGGACAGCGGACUGCCCAGCAGCCUGGACAGCCUCUUCUGCUGGGUGAGCCACCUCCUCCGUCUUGUGGAGCUGUGUACGGAGGGUCUUCGUGGUGGUGA